GAGGGCAGACAAUCCUUGUCCCUCUUUUACUCCCCUCCCUCUUCCCUCCCAUGGCGACUGCAGUGCUGCCAGUAUCCGAGCCCGCCAGAAAGCAACCCCAACCUGGUCGGGGCGGAUUCGAGGCCCAUGGGCUUUCCGAAGAAAAGGCCCGGUCCGAGCCAUCGUCGAAAUCGUCAGCUCCAUGGUCAACCUCUCCCGGAAGGGCCAAAACUUCGACCUAAACGCCCUCAAGACCACCGUGUGCCGCAAGUACGGCCUCUCACGUGCGCCGAAGCUGGUCGAAAUGAUUGCGGCUCUGCCGGAGUCCGACCGUGAGGCUCUUCUCCCCAAGCUCCGGGCGAAGCCGGUCCGAACCGCCUCGGGCAUUGCCGUCGUGGCCGUGAUGUCGAAGCCUCAUCGGUGCCCCCACAUCGCCACCACCGGAAAUAUUUGCGUGUACUGCCCCGGCGGUCCCGAUUCGGACUUCGAGUGCAGCACUCAGUCUUACACUGAAUACCAGCCUACUAGCAUGCGCGCAAUUCGGGCAAGAUACAACCCAUAUGUCCAGGCUAGAAGCAGGAUAGAUCAGCUGAAGAGAUUGGGUCACAGUGUAGACAAGGUCGAGUUCAUCUUAAUGGGCGGUCCUUUCGUGUCGUUGCCCGCGGAUUGCCGUGAUUACUUUAUUAGAAAUCUGCACGAUGCGUUAUCAGGACACACUUCUGCCAAUGUUGAAGAGGCAGUUGCCUACUCCGAGCAUGGUGCUACUAAAUGUAUUGGAACUGCGAUGGAACAUAAGCCAGAAGAUUGAAACUGCGGCACAAUUCAUUCUUUAUAGCGAAACCAACUGCAGUAAGAGACUGAGACCUUAUCUUUCCUCCUCUAGGAAAAAGUAUGAGCGUGACAAAUUGGUGCAAGAAAAACUCUACACAAGUAAAAUAAACGCACAAGUGGUAGAGCUUCGGUUGACAACGAAGAAAUAAUACCAUUAAGACGGCGUGCUCAAGGACUUUGAUUAAUCGGAAAACAGCUUUUGGCAAGACCCUGACAAGUGAAAAAAGAUCAAACAAGGUGAAGUAUAAGAAUCAACAAUGCAAACAAUAAAAGUGCCUUAACGCAACCUCACAUAGGUGGUGAUUCCGUGCAACAGCUGCAGGAUUGCAUUUGGUUUUGCUCGACUUGGUAUUCAUCACAGCAUCGCAAUGCAAAGCUCCGCAUAAAUCAGCUAAGCAUUGAUGUAUCAUGUAAGUAUGCUUGAACCAGAUGCUAACGACCCUUCCCAGGAGUACCAAAGGACAAAAGACAGAUCUUAAGAGAGGAAAGAUGAUCACUUGGAUGUUUCUUUAUCCGGGUUAUACAAUGCCAUCUUGUACAGAAGUUGCUUCUUGCACUAAUUGGACAAGUGUUCUAAAUCCCAACAUAUUAAAGCAAGGAAAUAGUUUUAUGAUCUAAUUUAUUGCAUCAUGCUACAAGCCUACAACCAAACGCGAAGAGAGCCUACACCUAUUUUGGGUGCAGAAGAUUUGAUCUUUGGAAUAUGAGGCCUAUGGGACUCAAAUGCAGUAGUGCUUCGAAGACUACCGUUAAAAAGUGAGGUUUGGGUGACGGGGAAAUUGAACGCAGCA